AUGGAAAAGACGCACAUGGCACUUGUACCGGAGCUGCAGCUUAUGGGUGAUGAUGCGCAUCAGCUAGGAAGGUCACAAGAGCUGCAUGGGCGCGUUGUGCGUGAUAUGGUGGACCUGGAGCUGCUGAGGCGUUGGAUUGGGCUGUGUGAGCGGACGCAUGGGGCGGAGUGUGCUGAGCCGUGGUGGGCACCGACGGAGAAGUGGGAUUUGCCGUCUGCUGCGCGCCUGCUUGAUGUUUCGGAUAUGGCUCUGGUCCCAGCGCGUCGAAAUAUCCGGUACAUUGCACUCAGCUACGUCUGGGGCAACGUCGCAGAAGGUGCCAAUACGGCGUACUGGACAACCAAGGAAAACUUGACUCAGCGUAAAGCGCCUGGCGGUGUCUCGUUGGACAUAUUGCCAACGACCAUCACAGAUGCUAUUCUUCUCACACGCCUCCUGGGUGAGCGGCAUCUUUGGAUUGAUGCACUGUGCAUCGCCCAAAACGAUCCCGCUGACAAAGCAGUCAACAUCGGCGCCAUGGACGCCGUCUACAGACGUGCCGUGCUCACCGUCUUCUCAGCCGGCGGCUCAAGCGCACACGCCCCGCUCCCCGGCCUGCGCCCCGGCACCCGCGUCUCGUCGCAACACAUAGCAGAGGUCCAAGGCCUGCGGUUCGCUGUGCCCCUCCCGGCAUCGCGCGAGGCGCUCGCGCGCACGACGUGGAACUCGCGCGGAUGGACAUAUCAAGAGCUCAUGCUCUCGCCGCGCCGCCUGCUCUUCACGCCCUCUCAAGUUAUCUUCGAAUGCAACAAAUGCGUCUGGGGUGAAGAUCUCGUCGCUGAGCUCCCGGAUGGCGAAUGCCCAACGCACCGCCUGGAGACCGGCGUCGUUGGCCGGCUCAUGUUUGCGCAGAAGCCAGCGCAGUGGCUCAGGAACACGGAUAUCUGGGUGGGCGAUUAUCUGCACUCGGUGGAGAGCUAUGCGGCGCGGCGGCUGACGAACGAGGGCGACGCGGUGGACGCGUUUUCGGCGCUCACGAGCGCCGUUGCGAAGGCGUACGGGCUCGCGGGCGGGGACCCGGGGCGGGCGUUUCGAUACGGGAUGGCGGUUACGGAGCUCGAGACGGCGAUGCUGUGGCAGCCUGUGGUUGGUGUUCGUGCUGAGCGGCGGGAGGUGGUUGGCAGGGAUGGGGAGGUGCGUGCGAUGUUUCCGUCGUGGGCGUUUACGGGCUGGCGGAGCCCGGUGCGGUAUGAAGGGGAGGAUCAAUUUGUGGUCUUCGGGAGUGGUGGAUCGUCGCCUCGUAUUGGCGAGUCGCUUGUUGAUGUAUGGCACAUGGUCGAUGACGGAGGACGGCUCAAUAUUCUUGACGUGCGCAAGGUGGACCGUGUCGUGGUGGACCCUGCCUGGGGAAAGCUUUCCUACAUGAUCCCAAAGUGGGACAAGAGCUGGCAAACUCCCUCGAAUGUCCAGCUCGCCCCUGGGACACUCGUCUUCAAGACCUUGGUGGCUAGUCUAUUGGUCACUGAAGUACAGGAUGGACCCGGUGUUACGGGCGAGCACCACUCCCUUUUUUCUAUUGCCUCGGACGAGCACGAUCUGGGUAUCAUUGGGCGCAUCAUCCUACCCAAUCAUCAACCUUCACAUCAACAGAUGGACUUUGCUGUUACCGGACGCAGCUAUGGAACACAUAACGCGACGUGGGCAACAAAUGUCGAUGCUAGCACUACAUAUGCAGGGUUUCUGCUGUACGUUAUCGCAAUGCACCCAACUGACAGUAUGGGUGUGUCGGAGCGCGCGGGAUUGGGAGUAGUGUUUGAGAAGGCGUGGUAUAGAGUCAAUGCCGAAGCAAAGGUGGUCAUGCUUAGAUAA